GAGUUGAAUAUUAAAAAAAGUUGGUCGUCGUCGUCUUGAUAUUUUCUCUCUCUCGUUAAUUGUAAAAAGAGAAAAAAAGUGCAAAUGUCGUUGAAUAGAGUGAAGAAACGUAACGAAUGAAAAUAAGUAAUAAUAAUAAUUACGAAAAAGACUUUCCUGAUUCUUCAAUUCAUAUCUUCAGUUCAGUCUCGUAAGAAAAAUCUCGUUGAAUGUGGCCCAUUACCAGCAUCAUGUUCUAAGGGCAUAGGCCUUUGAAGUGUUGAUGAACAUUUAAAUAUUUAUACAUCGACUCUUGCGAUAUUAUAUUCUGUGAUCACACCAAUUGCAACACCAAUAAUUUGUCAACAGUGCUAAGAGAAGGGACAAAAAACAGACAGACAAAAGUGAAGAUUUUGGUAAAAAGCUUUAUUUUUCAUCGGCGAUUGUUUUUUUUUUAGUUCGUCGGACAUUCAAAAUGUUUUCGAUUAAAUUUUUAUGUAUAAAUGCUUCAACUAGUUGAAUAUAUAUUGUGAUCAUGGAUGCGUUGAUUUUACUUCUGUACGACAAAUUAACUUGAUUUGUACGUUUGAUUUUAAUUUCGACAAAGAGAACUUAUUCAUUUCCAAAUUGUCAAUAAAAAACAGUGACACAUAAAAACAAACAAUAAAUUAAUUAAAAGAAAUAAAUAAAUAAUAAUUUAUAGCUUGAAAAAAGUAUAGAAAUAAUUUGCCCGAUGUAUACGAUGUACAUAAAAAUGCAAUAAAACAAUAGUGAAUGUAUACAGAAUUCAAGUGAAAUAAUUCAAAAGAGCGACUAAACAAGAAUAUAAUCAUUUGAAUAAGGUAAGAUUACGAUAGCCAGCAUCUGCGGUGCUGGUCAAAUGUAGUGGAAAUGACGCAUGGUUGUGAUCAACUCAAGCAACAACAACAAUAGUACAUCGAAUACGACGACCAAAAAGUCAAUUCAAACCAAACAAAAUCAACGACAAACCGACCGAACGAGUUCCAUUGAGACAAUUUACAAGCAUCACACACACACACAACGGUUCAAUUCAAAAGGGGACACAAACACCAAAUUGUUGUAAAAAAUCAAACAGGAAGAGAAAGAAAUAAAAGGAGAAGAUAUCGGUAUUGAAAAGAAAAAACCAAAAUUGUUUGCGGCGUCCGAUAUGUUUAUUCCAGGCUCGUUGCAAAGUUGCAUGAUCGAAACGGAUGUAUCAUCGUAUCUGCAAACUCCAUCCUCAGGACAGGUGCUUGUGCUCUUCUGCUAUCAGACCAGCUGAAAUCCAUAUCAUAUGUAAUUAACAUAUGUCAUUAACAUAAUGAUGUUGUACGUGACGAGUUUCACCCAUUUAUCGAAGCACUUUUGCCUUUCGUAAAAUCAUUCUCAUACACAUGGUUCAAUCUUCAAGCGGCCAAACGAAAAUUCUACAAGAAACAUGAGAAACGAAUGUCGCUUGAGGAAGAGAAAAACUGCAAAGAUGAACUUCAGAAUGAGAAAGCGGAGGUGAAACAGAAAUGGGCUUCACGUUUGCUGGGCAAGCUACGGAAGGACAUAACGCAAGAAUGUAGGGAAGAUUUUGUACUGAGUAUUACAGGAAAACGUCAGUCGAUAUGUGUCUUAUCAAAUCCAGAUCAAAAAGGAAAAAUGAGGCGCAUCGAUUGUUUGCGACAGGCCGAUAAGGUUUGGCGUCUCGAUCUUGUUAUGGUGAUAUUAUUUAAGGCAAUACCUUUAGAAAGUACCGAUGGCGAACGCUUGGAAAAGAAUCCCGAAUGUUUGCAUCCUAGCUUAUGUGUUAAUCCUUAUCAUAUAAAUGUGUCGGUGCGCGAGCUGGACUUGUAUUUGGCCAACUUUAUCAAUGCUUGUGAUUCGAUCAGUCCACCACUUUAUGGCACAAAUAACAAUAACAACAAUAACGAAAACAACAAUCGAAGCGAAAACGAUCGAAAGCGGAAAGGAGGAAAUCACAAUCCAUAUAAUGGUGUUGUUUGUAACGAUACAAUUUUAGCUACCGGAGUUUUUUCAUCAAAAGAAUUAUGGAAACUUUCCAAAGCUUCGAUUUUAGAUGAAUCAGGUGAUGGUAGCGGCCUUGUUGGCGCAAAUGAAUCGACAAUAAAAUUAGAAAGCUCAAGUGGUAGUUCGGUUAGCGGUGCGGCUGCAAUUGCUGCGUAUUACUGUAACAGUUACCCAUUAACAACGAGCUCACCGGGACUUGUAACAGCUGAUCGGAACAGUUCAAUGCUUGUUUCAGGCACAUACAUUGAUCCUCGCACAAUGCACCUAUCAACAGGAUCACCUUUGUUGCGUGAUACAAAAUCCGAGUCAUGUUCAUCACCAUCGGAUGAUGCUGGUGUGAUAAAUAAUUCGUCGUCGAACAGUUUUUCGGUAAUUUUUCGUCCAGGUGAAACACCGAUCAGCAGUGGAAUUACCCCGACAUCCGAUCACGAUACAUUGUCAUCGCAUCGAUAUUCAACACAUACCGCUUCUCGAUUGACUGGCGUCCAUUCAAGGCCCGAAGAAGUUCUAAUUCAAACUAGUACACAAACGCUCAGUCCAAAUACGGCUGUGUUAUAUCAACACAGUCCAUCCGAACCAACGGAAUACCAUACAUCACAAAAUGAUAAUAAAUCUCAGGUGCAACAGCAAAAUGCACAAAUCUCAGCCGAACCAUUACAAUUGCAACGACAAACGCACCAUCAACAUUCGAGUCAUGGGGCCGGUGGUCACCAUGGUUCUGGAACGUCUCAAUCGGGUCAUAUCGAGGCAAAGUAUUCGGAUAAUGUAAAUGGCCAUGACACGCUUACCGAUUUUGUUACAUUUGUUUGCCAAGAAACUGACAAUAGUCCACAAAGUUCACAGUCUCAGUGUAUAGCGCGACCGACAAGUCCAAAAUCACACUAUUCACAAUAUAGUUCAAUGUUGCCGCCGCCACCAUUACCUCCAAUGGCUCGACCAGUUGCAAUAAUUCGUUCAACCGGAGAUUUAUCAAUUAUUAACUCACCGCCAACGUCAAUAACACCGCCAUCCGUCAAUAAUAUGAAUUCACCACAUCAAUCGGAACAUAUUGGUGAAACCAAUGAAUUGGGCAAUGCAUCGCCACCAAUGAGCCCGCAUAAUUCACAUCAACAACAGCAACAGCAACAGCAGCAGCAGCAGCAACAACUACACUAUAAAUUUGCCGUUGCAAGUACAGGCAGAGAGUACUCAUUUAAUCCAUUUCACAGUACAUCGAGUCAGCUAUUCAGCUAUUCAAGUUCGCUAUCGAAUAUGUCAGGUGUGAUCAGUCCAACGAAUUUAAGCCUAUAUUCGACACCAAUAACGGCAGCACCGCGUACAACAGCACGCACACGAUGGAAUACAUCGGUGAUUUUGGAAGAGGAUUUUAAUAUGGUGGCACAGCAUCCGUCAACGAUGUCCAAUCCGAAUUCCGAUGCAAAUUCAAUUAUCCUAAUGGAAGAAGAUAGAUUUUUUGCACAACAAAACAGUACAACACGUCAUGAUCAAAACCAGCAUCAACAUUCACAACAGCAGCACAGUCAAUCUCAACUUGAUCUUGAAUAACAUUGUCAUUCACAGCGCGCAAUUGUAGCCAAUUCGUUUGUCGUUAAUUGAAAGAGUCAAACGUCGUGAUCCUUUUGAAAUCCACCUCAAAUAUUCUACAUGCCGCAAAUCUCAAGUAGAUUUUUGUUUUGCUUAUUUUUUGAUAAACAACAAUACAAAAAGCCAAAAAAAAACAACAACAACAACAAUAAUGUCAAUGAUCUCAGUCCAAUGAUUAAAAUCAACAAUUCGACGAUGCUUUUUUUAUGCUGACAACAAUGACACCGCACACGCGCCCAAAUUAUAAUUAUAGAGAAUAAGUGAUUUUGUAGCUGUGUUGUGUGAUGAGCGCGUGAUUGAUAAGUAGUAGGACAAGAAUAUAAUUAAUAUGAGAAAUAACCAUAAUCCAGAUGCUGAAUUUCGUAAUUCAGACAUUGAAAAUGGGCAGAUCGCUAACAUUAAAAUCCACUUAAUUGAUUCUCAUUUCCCAACACAUACAAUUCCAUGUGAUUAUCGAAGAUUGGAUAAGCUGGGAAUCAAUUCAAGUUUAAAAUGAAAACGAUGCGCAUCGUUCGCAUACGAACUCACGUUCUUAUUGUGGUACAUUUCUAUCAGGGGAUAACUUACAUCAAGUGCGCACAAUAAAAUUUAUUGAAAACAAAAUAGAAACCCAAUAAGAAAAGAUGAAAACAAAACAAUGAGUUCCUUCGACGUCAUUCGUUCCACAAAUGAUGAAAUAGAAAAACGUUUGAUAUAUCCAUGUAGAUUAAAGGAGUUUAUUCAUUUUCUCAAGUAGAAUAAAAAUGGAUAAUACUAUUUUUUGAGACUCGUAUAAGCGUUGAUUCUCGUUUUGAUGUCUUUAAAUUUUUGGCCCAUCCUGCUAGAUCGAUUAACGAUCGAAGGCUGGGAACCAAUAAUGGAACAUUAUAUAUAUUUUUAACUUGUUUUGUACAUUGAACAAACACGUGUUUUCCGUUUUUUUUUUCUGUGGGAUUUUCGUGUCGCUUUUCAAAUGGAUAUAGAUCACAUAAAAAUAUUUUUUUUUGUUGAAACUUUUUUUUGUAAAUAGUUAGACAUUAGGCUAUUGUGUAUUUAAAACAAAUUUUUGAAACAGAAAAAAAUCACCAGUAUGUGAAUUUUAAGGCACAAUUGUUAAAGUUUUUUUUCUUUUCUUUGGUUUGAUUAGUACAUUGUAAGGCUUGAAAUGAUUUUUCGCUCAUAAGCGAUUAGUUGAACGUAACGAAGAAAAAUAAGCAAUUGAAGUAAUAGUCGUGAUGUGAUAAACAAAAAAGAAUAACUCGGCAAAUUGCCGUUAAAAAAGAUGAAGAAUAAUUUGAAAAUCAAAAGCCAAAACUAAACACAGACUUAACAGAAAAUUAAUUGAUCAAAUGAGAAUAAAACAAAAUGGUGCAAACAGUGUUUAGACGCUCAACAUUCGACUGCAAAUGUACAUUUUACAAUGACACAAUUUAUAGCUCUUUGCAUAGGUUUAUUAUAUAAUCCAUUUCUCGAAUAAAAAUUCGAAAAAAUGACGAAAAAAUUAACGACACACGAUAAUCUUGCUAUGUUCCUGUUGAUGGCUUUAGUCGAAUCGGUAUUGAAAUAAAUUUAUUAUAUUCAUAUUCGUAUUGCGUAUGAAGAAAACAACAACAACAAUACUAAUAAUCAAAGCGCUUUUAAAUAUAAACCAAAAUACAUAUAAUUUAGGAGAAUCAUUAACGAGAUGAUAAAAAAAACAUGCUUAAAUAAAAUGAUGAGAAAAUAAACAACAACCAAUAUGCAAUAACUAGAGAGUAGGACUGUUGAAUCAUAUUUAUAUUCGAAUCAUAUACAGACAUCUAGGUCAUUCAUGUACAUUUGGAGGUCAUCAACAAUAAGCGAAAAGUGCCUAGAGUCGAUGCAAAAAUUAAGAGGAAGAAAACUCUUUAGAAUUAUUAUAUAUAAAAUAAUAUUUGAAAAAAAAAAACGAAGCAAAAAAAACGCGAUAAAAAAAUUGAAUUCUAUCGAGUGUGAGUGAAUUUUCCACGACGCCUCAGAUGGAAUUUCAUUGCGAUCUUUGGUGAAUUUGCGACGCGAUUUUGUUUUCUCACUAUUUCUGAUACCGGUUUCAUGCUGUCAAGCAUUAGGUCACUUAUUUCUCAAACAUUUUCAGUUAUCACUUUUAUCCAAGCGCUCAGGCAACCAGAAUGAGUUUAAAAUCUGAUGGAUCGGUUAUAAUAAACUCAAACUAAAUCGCCUUACAAAUUUACUUGCACCAUUGAUCGUUGCCUCGUAUUUUCUUUGCAUAUCAAACACACAAUUGAAUUUUGAUAUCAAAUGAAACAUGAAAUCCAUUCGAAUCGGAAAAUCAUUCGUCACUCGAUUUGAAUAAGAGAAAUAUGGGCGAGAUGACUUUUUACCUGUGAAAUCAAAUUGCCUGGAAAUGGUGAAAUUUACAAGGGACAAAAUAUAAAAAUAUACAAGGGACACACGAAAAACUCGAUUUCCAUGUAAAAGCAUCUCGUCAUUUUUGUGACAAAUGAAUUUACACUCAGAGUCGAUCAUAGAAUUAAACACGAACUUACGAAACAUGCUCGUGUGUAGCUCUAUAGAAAAAUCGAAUUUUAUGUUUGGUGCUCUCACAUACAUAUAUAGUAAAACGAAAUGAUGUAAAGUUAAAGAACGAUUAUGCAGCAAAUGCAUAAAAAAGCAAUUUAUGAUUAGAAAUGAAAAUGAGAGAAACACAAAACACUGUAGGGUAGUUUUAGAACAUUUAUUUAAAUAUAAUCAACACAAGACAAAUACAAAGAAAAAAAAAACCUACGAUUACUUCCAAUAAUGUGUGCUAAAUUAAGAAAACCAGCAAGACAGUAAGAAAGAGCGAGAGAGCGAGAGUGAGAGAGAUUGAUUGAAAUGUGUUGAGUCGGUGAAAGAAUGUCGAUGUGAAUCCGUAUGAAUGUGACUUGUCUUCCUCAUGCGUCCCCCAACAUGAAGAACAAUAAUCUUUUGCUAGCAACUUACACUAGAUUUGCCAUUUAAUUUAUAUAGCCAAAAAUGUGAGACACACAGAAGACGCGCAUAUUCAUUGAUCGAUGUGCGGGAUUAGAGCAACUUCUUUAGCUAAUCAAAACGAAAUGAUAUAAAAUAAUGCUAGAAUCCAGUCGCCAAUUAUCCAAAAAUUUAAAAAAAAACGAAGAAAAGGCUCAAAUAUAACACCAAAGGCCGUUCUUUUUAUAAAUAAACGGUAAAUAGAAUUUUAGUGCCAUAAAUCAAUCGUGUUCAGGUGUUUAGCCUCAAUUUGAACGAAAAAGAAAAUAAAAAUGUGGCGUAUUAAUUAACAAUUAUUGCAAUUUAAAAUGGGCCUGCCAAUGGGCGACAGUAUGUACUUUCCUCUGUUAAGUGAUGACCUAAAUAUCAUUCUCUUUAUUAAUUUUGCAUAACAGUAAAGGAGGAAAUCUAUAUUCAAAAUCGAUUUAUCUCUUUUAGUCUUAUACUGACGAUAAUUACAUUAUGGACACUCAACAGUUGAAAAUUCCGGCUGCAUCUAUUGGCAGGCAUGUUUUGAAGAACAGAAAAGCAAAAGAACAGCGCCAACAAUAAACUAAUUAUUAUUAUCAUUAUUAAAUUAUUACUGUUCAAGUACACACACACACACAUUGAUAAUGGAAAAUUAUAUAACAACAGAUUUAUUUGACAAACUGUGAAGAAAAAAAACACACACACAAAUUAAUAAGAAGAAAACUUACAAUUGUUAUUGCAUAUACAAUGCUACAAGACAUAGAUUAAUACAAUUGAGAGAAAAAUGCAAACAAAUUGAUUUAAUUUAAUAUGAAAAGAAACUCAACUGAAAAAUGAACUGCAUUACGAUGCAUCGUAAAAAUGAUGGGGAGAUGAAAUUGUUUGAAUAACUAAUAAUUGAGCCUAAGGUACUGUGCCUUCGCAAAUUUAUAUACAUAACUUAUUAUUAUACCAGAAAAAUUAAACAUAGAAAAUAUAAAAGAAA